AUGUAUGAAACGCCUUGGUGUUCUCCCAUUAAGGUGAAACAUGGUAAUGCAAACUGCAGAACACCUCAAGGAGAAUAUUACAAAAAUGUCUUGGGGACGAGAUGUGAUAUCCGUUGCCAGAAAGGCUAUGAACUGCAUGGUCCUCAACAGCUUAUUUGUCAGUCAAACAAACGCUGGUCUGGGAAAGUUUUGUGUAAACAAAUACGGUGUCCAACGCUGUCCAUGCCAACUAAUGGGGGGUUCAAGUGCAUAGACGGCGCGUACUUUAACUCAAGAUGUGAGUAUUACUGUUCCCCAGGAUACCAGCUAAAAGGAGACCGGACAGUAACAUGUAUGGACAACAAAGUUUGGAGUGGCAGACCAGCCUCCUGUGUUGGUAAAUUGUGGGCUCUGCCACUCAUCCUCCUCUUGUUUUCUGUCACUCGACAAACUCUCAGCACAGCCAGGCAAUCUGAACAUUCCCCAGUGACAGAAGGGCUUUCCAUCCGAAGGCUGUUAAUAUUUUCCUACUGGACAAACCUUAACUUAAUUUCUGAACACCCGGUCUAUUUUAUUUCAUUUUUUAGUGUGAUUUUGAAAGGCCCAUCCCCUGGGUCACAUUUUUCAGAAGGUGACCACAAGAUCCAAUACACUGUGUAUGACAGAGCAGAAAACAAAGGCACUUGCAAAUUUCUUGUUAAAGUCAGAGUUAGGCGCUGUGGUAAACUGAAUGCCCCAGAAAAUGGCUACAUCAAAUGUACAGGUGAUGGAGAUAACUAUGGUGUCACCUGUGAGUUUUCCUGCAUUGGUGGAUAUGAGCUGCAGGGAAGCCCAGCCAGAGUGUGCCAGUACAAUUUAGGCUGGUCAGGAACGGAGCCAACCUGUACACCUAUGAAUAUUAAUGUUGCUGUGAGAACUGCAGCGGCCCUCUUGGAUCAGUUUUAUGAGAAACGGAGACUACUAAUUGUAUCAACUCCUACUGCAGCCAAUUUUUUCUACAGGUUGCAAUUGGGAAUGCUGCAGCCAGAGCAAUGUGGUUUAGACCUCCGACAUGUUACAGUGAUCGAAUUGGUUGGUGUCUUUCCAGCACAGAUAGGAAGAAUAGGAGUGAAGUUGCUGCCUCCAGCACUUGCUUUGCAACUCAGGUUGUUGCUGCGCAUCCCCCAUUAUAACUUCAGUGUGGUGGUGAUGGACAAGCACGGCAUGGACAAAGAGCGUUACUCUUUCCCACCUACACCGGCGCAGCUCUUUGCGCUCAUUGACACCUUCCCCUUGAGAAAAGAAGAGAUGAAAUUGCAAGCAGAAACUGGCCAGUCAUGUACCUGAUUCAGAAUCAUGGCGUUUCCUCUGGUAGUGAAUUGUAUGAUCAUCCCUAAUCUCCCCCGGGGUGCUACACCACGCAUGGCUUUUUAAAAUCACUGAUGUACAGAUUUUGUGUGUGUAUUUUUAAGUCUAUUUUAUUGUGUAGCUUCUCUGCAUAGGACAGAUGCAUGAUGCUUUUUUGAACUUUCAGCCAUCUUUAGAGAAAUUUGUACUUCGUACUACUCCCCUCUGGAAACCCUUGUACAGC